AUGCCUGUACAAGCUCCACAAUGGACGGAUUUUCUCUCCUGCCCGAUUUGCACACAGACUUUCGACGAAACAAUCCGGAAGCCCAUCAGCUUGGGCUGCGGCCACACUGUCUGCAAGAUGUGCCUCAACAAGCUCCACCGUAAGGCAUGCCCUUUUGACCAGACCACUAUCAACACAGACAUUGAACUCCUUCCUGUGAACUCAGCUUUGCUGCAGCUAGUGGGUGCUCAGGUUCCUGAGCAGCAGCCAAUUACUUUAUGUAGUGGAGCUGAAGACACCAAGCAUUACGAGGAGGGCAAGAAAUGUGUGGAAGAAUUAGCAUUGUACCUGAAACCACUCAGCAGCGCGAGAGGUGUGGGUCUUAACAGUACUACUCAGAGCGUGCUAAGUCGUCCCAUGCAAAGGAAACUUGUGACAUUAGUUCAUUGUCAGCUAGUGGAGGAAGAAGGGCGCAUCAGAGCCAUGCGUGCAGCACGGUCGCUUGGUGAAAGAACAGUCACAGAGCUCAUUCUUCAGCAUCAGAACCCUCAGCAGCUCUCUUCCAACCUCUGGGCUGCAGUGAGAGCCAGGGGGUGCCAGUUCCUUGGACCAGCAAUGCAAGAGGAGGCUUUAAAGCUGGUUCUACUGGCUCUGGAAGAUGGAUCUGCUUUGUCACGAAAGGUCUUGGUUCUAUUUGUGGUUCAGAGGCUGGAGCCACGAUUUCCUCAGGCUUCUAAAACUAGCAUUGGGCAUGUUGUCCAGCUUCUUUACAGAGCCUCAUGCUUCAAGGUAACAAAGCGUGACGAGGAUUCCUCCCUGAUGCAACUGAAGGAGGAAUUUCGGACUUACGAAGCUCUGAGAAGGGAACACGAUUCCCAGAUAGUUCAAAUAGCCAUGGAAGCAGGUUUGCGCAUCGCACCGGAUCAGUGGUCCUCACUGCUGUAUGGAGACCAGUCUCACAAAUCCCAUAUGCAGUCUAUCAUUGACAAGUUGCAGACCCCAGCCUCGUUUGCACAGAGUGUUCAGGAAUUAACUAUUGCUCUCCAGAGGACUGGAGAUCCAGCUAACCUGAAUCGUCUUCGGCCUCACCUAGAGCUCCUGGCAAAUAUUGAUCCCAGUCCAGAUGCUCCACCUCCGACCUGGGAACAACUGGAAAAUGGACUAGUUGCUGUGAGGACUGUGGUUCAUGGCUUAGUUGAUUAUAUCCAGAAUCACAGCAAGAAAGGAACAGAUCAGCAACAGCCUCCUCAGCACAGCAAGUACAAGACAUACAUGUGCCGAGACAUGAAGCAGAGAGGAGGAUGCCCCCGAGGGGCCAGCUGCACCUUUGCACACUCACAGGAGGAGCUCGAAAAAUUCCGUAAAAUGAACAAGCGACUGGUUCCCAGGAGACCCCUGAGUGCCUCCCUGGGCCAGCUAAAUGAGGUGGGCCUGCCUUCAGGAGCUAUCCUCUCGGAGGAAGGGGGAGUGGACUUGCCCAGUAGGAAAACCUCUGCUCUGCCAAAUGGAAUUGUGUCAACAGGCAGCACAGUGACACAACUUAUUUCUCGAGGGACUGACUCCGGUUAUGAAGCGGCUCUGAAGCCAGGGAAGAUGGACCAUCUGAGCAGCAGUGCCCCUGGAUCCCCACCUGACUUGAUGGAAUCUGUCCCAAAGAGUUCUAUUGCUGCCUUACCAGUGAACCCUCAUCCUGUGCCUGCUCGGGCACCAACAGAUCUGCCUUCAGUGUCUGUCACCAAGCAGUUGCAAAUGGUACCACGAGGCUCUCAGUUGUAUAAUGCUCAGCAAGCAGAUAUGUUUUAUCAAGAUCCUAGGGGAGCUGCUCCGCCAUUUGAGCCAGCACCCUACCAACAGGGAGUUUACUAUCCCACUCAGUCCAUGUCUCGCUUUGUCCGACCUCCUCCAUCGGCUCCUGAGCCUGCUCCACCUUAUUUAGACCAUUACCCCCCCUACCUGCAGGAUCGUGUGGUGAGCCCACAGUACACACAGCCACAGCAGUACCCUCCUAUGGGCCAGCCCAUAUACCCUCAGCACUACGACAGCCGCCGCAUCUACCCCCCUGUCCAGCCCUAUCAGCGAGAGGAGAUUGUCCGAGGAAGCCCUGUGCCCAUUGAAAUUCCACAAGCAGCUGUACCUUCCUAUGUACCUGAAUCCAGAGACAGAUACCAGCAAACAGAGGGUUAUUGCCCAGUGGCUCCACAUCUCAGUCAGAUCAGACCUUCGUGCCACAGGCCUCAUCCCAGCCUGGACGAACUUCACCGACGAAGGAAAGAGAUCAUGGCCCAGCUAGAAGAGAGGAAGGUGAUUUCUCCACCUCCUUUUGCACCAUCGCCAACCUUACCUCAUCCUUUUCAUUCAGAGGAGUACUUGGAUGAAGACCUAAAGGUAGCUGGGAAAUACAAAGGAAAUGACUACAGCCAGUACUCUCCCUGGUCCUGUGACACCAUCGGCUCCUACAUUGGAACCAAAGAUGCAAAACCCAAAGACGUUGUGGCAGCGAGGAGCGUGGAGAUGGCGAACGUAGAUAGCAAAGCCAUGCGUGACCAGCGGUUGGACAUGCAGCGACGAGCAGCAGAGACUGGUGAUGAUGACCUCAUUCCAUUUGGAGACCGACCAACUGUGUCGAGAUUUGGGGCUAUCUCUCGUACUUCCAAAGCGAUGUACCAGAAUUCUGGUCCCAUGCAGGCCAUGGCGGUUCAGGGAGCUAACACCAAAUCAAUCAUUUCAGACUACAGUCCUUACGGAACUCACGGUGGCUGGGGAGGCUCUCCAUAUUCUCAUCAAAAUAUACCUUCUCAGGGACGUUUCAAUGACAGGGAGAGGCUGUCCAUGUCAGACGUGGCUGGUCAUGGGAAACAGUUGCCCUCAGCUGAGCGAGAGCAGCAGCUGCGCAUGGAGCUGCAGCAAGUAGACCAUCAGAUCAGCCAGCAGACACAAAUGCGGGGACUGGAGGCUGUUAGUAACAGGCUGCUGUUGCAGAGGGAGGCGACUACCCUGGCAGGCCAACCACAGCCCCCACCCCCACCUCCCAAGUGGACUGGGAUGAUCUCAAGUGAACAGCUGAGCUUGGAGCUACACCAGGUGGAAAGGGAAAUUGGGAAGAGAACCCGUGAGCUGAGCAUGGAGAGCCAGUCUUCACUGGAUAUAAAAAACAAACUGGGCACCACUAAACAGACAGAAAAUGGACAAUUGGAACCGCAAAACAAGGUUCCAGCUGAUGACCUCGCCCUGACAUUCAGCAGCGAAGUUCCAAAUGGAUCAGCCUUGACACAAGAGAAUAUUGGCCUCCUGUCAAACAAGACAGCAUCUCUCAGCCUGUCAGAGGACCCAGAGGGAGGAGGAGACAGCCACGACUCCCAGCGAGCAGGAGUUCCACCCACGUCUGCUCCAUGAAGUGAGGCCAACGUACCCCAGAGUUGCUUUUGCUGGGGUGUUGGUAGCUUCCAUCACGUUUUUUUUCCAGGGGUGAUUGGAGAAACCCAGGAACAACAGCAGUAGCAGAGCAGCAGGUCCAGAGGCAAUGUGCACAAACACAACUACUAGAAACAAAUCCUGCACAUAGUUCACAUUAACGCAUUUUUUAAUUAAAAAAAAUGAAAAUUAGCAGUAUCUGCAAGCAAUUCAAAUUAAAUUUGUUUUUGUUCUGUGAAUGAACUUUAUUUUAAUAACUUCGGAUGCCUUGGAUCCCAGGGCUUAAAAAAAAAGAUAUUAUAUAUAUACUCUGUUUGAUUAAUUGUAUGAUCUUAAUGAAGUAGGUUUUU